AGCACAGAAUAUAUUCAUCUCAAGACAUAUCAGAUAUUCCCAGCAAUUUAUAUAGAAACAUUGAGGAUGACUCAGUUCACCAAUUGUGCAGAACAGGGUUUGAAGGUUGACUGUUUCGGAGUCUAGAAUCCCUUUAUCAUCGCGGUGAAUUCAUCAAUGACGGAGUUCUCUGUUCAUCAUGGAGAUCAGAAAGGUCUUCAGUUGCCGUCCAAUCAUAGGUAUGACCAGUUCCUUAGUGUAUGGAAAUCAAUAAUUUCUCGCGUUGAAAUUCAACUUAGAUUUCUCACUUCAAGCGUAUUCACUGAGGUGUUCAAUUUCAUUGAAAAUUCACAUACUGCCUGGUUAUCAUUGCACAAUUCGGAGACAAAUAGCCUCGUCAAUUUAGAACAAAUUCCAACAGCUCUACUGUUAGCUGGUGUUAAUACUCCCGAUCAUUCUGUUAUCUAUGGCUACCUCAAAAAUUUAAUUUUGGAAUCUGGUGGCCAUGUGGCUGUUAUCAGUCCUGGUGCUAAUACAACAAGUGUCCGUAGUCUUGUUUCUCUUGUAGUGCAGCAACUAUCGGACGAUUCUUAUCACCAAAGUAAACGGCUUAGAAAUGAUGAAGAUUCUGAUGAAAACUCGCGUGUCACCCUUCAAGAUCAUAAGGAACCAAAGUAUACUUCAGUGAAAAAUUUCACUUCGGCUACACGCUCCUCGUAUUUGGCUUUGGUAGAAUGGUACUACUCUGGAACGAAAAAAUACUGUGGCACCAGCGUACCUGAAUGUAAUCCAGAAUUUAAAACACCAGCACCACCAACUACACCACGUUCCCGUUCUCAACGUAGUACCAGUCAACCAAGAUCUCAAAAAUCACAUCAACUUUGUCCUAUGUCAGUUGCCUCGCCUAGAUUGAGCACACCAACUAGAAGAAAUCAGAGAUUUAGUCUACAUUCUAAUGAAGUUAGUAACACUUUAAAAAGCGAACUAGCUGACAGUAUAUCAUCAUCUCCAGGACCAGGAAUGCUUUCUGAGUUAAAACAAAAUUCGUCGUUACUUAGACCUCUAGUCAUUAUUCUUACAGAGAUCGAAUCCAUCCCUGUUCAGGUUUUAUGUGAUUUCAUCGAGCUGACUUCUCUUUAUGUGGCCGGUCAGAUUAGAGGUCGUUCUUGUUCAUUACCAAUAACUUUUGUUUUCGGUUUGUCUACAAUUCCUGAGAUUGGAUUUGAACCACGUUUUAGUGCAUCCAUACUAAGCCGAUUAACAAUUCGACGUUUUUCUGUUCCUUCACCGUCAGCUUUCUUAAAUGUUGUGUUAAAGGAAAUUAUACAAUUUCCUGGAUUACAUCCAACUUAUUCUGUAUUAAAUUAUUUAAUGGAUGGAUUAUUUCUUUGUUUAGAUUAUUCAGUGAAAAAUUUCUUACAACGUUUAAAAUUUUGCAUGUUAGAACAUUAUUUGAAAACACCACAUCCUGAAUUGUUACAAUCACCGGAGUUAGCGUACAAAUAUCUGACAUCAAUAAAUUCUAGAGAUUUAGCUAAAAUUAUCACAUUGGAUUAUCCUUCAUUAGCAAAUUGUGUUGUGGAUAAUACAACAACUUCAACUCCUACUGUCAGUUAUCCUACACUUCCUGUUGUUAAUAACUUAUCUCCACAAACUGCACAACAAACAGCGCAUAGACUUGUCAACAAGAUUGUAGAACAUUUAGAAAACCAUUUAAAAUUACAAUAUUUAAUUCCAUAUGUAUUGAAUUGGUUGUUGAUUAUUAUAACACCAUUAUCGGCUCGACCUUUGGGUAAAAAUAUUGGAGAUUUAUAUCGUUUAUGGUUGAAAAAUGGUUUAGUCAAUGCAGAAGAAUUCAACUUGACAAUCAAUCUUCUAGGUGGAGUGCCCAAAGAACAUUUAUUGGAUUCUGUACAAGAUGCUUAUGAUUAUCUACUGAAAGAAUCUACUUCUUUAAUUCAGACGCAAAAUCCAACUUCAUUUUGGUGGUCGUCGUCUACCUUAUCAGAAGGUAGAAAAUGUUUGAAUAAUUUAGCUGACUCAACCCUGUCUUGGCAUACAAAACUAUCCAUGGCUUGUCAAGAAGCAUCGAUGAAUAAACAACUGUCACAGUGCCAUCAAGAACAGUCUACCGAUAAUGACACGUUGACAAUAACAGCUGCGACUUCUGUCAGUAAUCAGGAUACGGUACUAGUUAAACCCGUUGAAUUUAAUACAAAAAGAAAGAUAAGUUUACGUAAUUUACGUCAGCAUCUUCAAGAAUAUGCAACUUCUUCACCGAAUCGUCCUUUAUCUGCAAUCACUUCAACUAUUCACAAAACUCAAUGGGAUAUAACACGUAAAGAAUUUUUAAAUUGGAUACAAUUAAAAUUAAAUGAAUUAAUUCCAUCAUUUAAUCAAUUACCAUUGCAUGAAGUUUUCUAUGGUCCAUCCAUUAUUGAAAAUAACAUUCAUUCACUAUCAUUCACUGAUGAUGAUUCAUCAAUUCAUGCACAAUUAGCAUUGUCUAUUCGUCGUCGAUUAAAUCCACCAUUUCAACGUUGUUUACAUCUAGCACUUGUGGAUCCCGGUGUAUAUUUACAGAUUGCUGAUUUGAAACUAUCUAAUUCAAGUAGUAUUUCGUCGAAAUUAUUUGAUUUAUGCAUUUUGUAUAAAUUACUCAUUGAAACAAAUAAAAUGGUGAAUUUGUACGAUUGGCUUAUGGCAUUUGCAACUAUACUGGGAGAGGCGGUCGACUCACAAAAUCCUCCAUCUCAAGAGACUCAAUGUCGUUUCUUGCAAGGAUUGGCAGAAUUACAAUAUUUAGGCUGUAUAAAAUCAACUCGUCGAAAAGUGGAUCAUGUUAUACGUUUGACAUGGAUCUCAGGUCUUGUAUAAUCUUAUAACAUUCAAUUCUUUUUACCAAAUAUAUUGAAAUUUUUUACUAUCAAUUAAAAGCAUGAUUAUUUAUUGCAUAUCUAACUGGGGUUUUUUUUUGUUUCUAUAUUUCAAAAGGUCUCAUUUGUUUUUGAAAAUGUAUUUAGGUAUUUUUCUCAUAUUCAGAUCACACACACACACGCACUCACAAAUAUGUAAUUGAGAUUUUUUUGAAUGUAUGUAAACAUUUUAUAUUUAUAGAAUUUAUACACAGUAAAUUGGUCUUCUCUCUGUAUGUUAUUGUUUUAAGUUGAUCGCUUACUUCGUAUGGGAAUGAUGUGUUCUUGAUGAAGUUUUGUUCUCUGAGCUGGAUCAUAUCAAUUAUACCAAUGCGAGAUAAAAGCAAAACAAAGAAGUAAACAAUGACAGGUUUAAGGUUAGCAAGAACCAAUCAACAUCGAGGUCUACAGGACAAGCUGUGAGACACAUAUGUACAGAAAUUCGAACACUUCACUUCUACCUGAAGUUUGUACUGAUGGUUUCGUUCAGAAGAACGAUGAAAGCUUCAUGAUCAAACCAUCCAACUCAGGGAACAAAACUCCAUCAAAAUUAUUCACCUGAGCUAAAAAUCUUCACCAUCUCAAUGAUGUGUUCUAACACAACAGGUAUCUUUCAUUAAUUGUAUGUCCUUGGGACUGUGAUAGAAUUCCUUGGAAAUCAAGGUUGUUUACUUAGAAGAUCUACAAGUUUAGUUCACAAAUUCCGUUGGUGGAUACCACGAUAUUCAAUGGACAAAUAAUUUUCACACACCAUUUGUUUCUUCAAGAGUUUAGUCUAUUUACUCUGUUCGUUUGUAGUUUCUUAUUUCAUCUUACAUAGGCACUGUAUCUAACUUACGCCUGUUACUUCUCAUGGAGGAGCAUAGGCAGUCCAUCAGCAUUCUCCAUCCAACCCUGUCCUGGGCAAUCCUUUCUAGGUCCUUCCAGUUGUAAUUCAUCCUUUUCAUAUCUACUUCUAUUAUCCGACGUAAUGUGUUCUUUGGCCUUCCUCUUUUCCUCUUCCUUUCAGGACUCCAAGUUAGGGCUUGCCUCGUGGUGCACUCUGAUGAUUUUCGUAAUGUAUGUCCUAUCUAUUUCCAUCGUCUUUUCUUAAUUUUCUCUUCAAUUGGAAGCUGGUUUGCUAAAAAAGACGCGAACCAGAUUAGACAAAUUAAAUCAAACCAGUAUCACCUUAUCAUUAUUAUGGAAACUCCUAUUAUCACGUAAUAAUAACCAGUAGGAUUUCUCUGGUAGAACCUAUAAUCAUAAGACAGAAUUUUCAGAUGGGAACUAAACUUCAUUUUCUCUCUUGGUUACACCCUCUCCCCCAAAGUUAUGUGAAGCAUAUUAUUUCGAUUCCCUCAUUGUAUUAAAAUCUUUAUGUUGAAAGUAAGUAUCAUUUAUGUUAAUUUAGUUUAAUAGACAACUAAAAUGCUGUUACAGUUGUUGGUUUCCUGUUCAAGGUACACUUCAAGUUAAACUGGAAUAAUCUAUUUCUCUUCCUGAAUCGAUACAUUUUUUUACAAACCAAAUAUCUUAGUCAGUCAUCAUGAACACUGAAUUGGCUAACUAUUUGCAUUUGACCAAAUUACCAUUAAUACAUUCGCACAAUAAGAUGAAUGGGAAAGGAAUCGAAGUAUUGAUUGUAUUAACUAUAUUGUAAAUAGAUCCAACAUUCAAGAAUAUAUUUUGAGAAAGAUUAAUGAAUUAUGUAUAAAGGAAUACUGAAACUGAAGAUCUAGUGAAAGAUAAGAAAGUGAAUGAAUCUGUGUGAUUGCAAUUGUUUUAAAUCACUGGUCACGAUUAUUUCAUAGAUCUCAACCAGAUAGUCGUCUAUAACUACCAACAUAUCAGAACAAUAGUCAACAUCUUUGUGAACUAAUGUCGUGUUUUUCGUUUGUUUUUCCUUAGGUUUCUUUCAAAUUUUAGACCGGCAAUGGUUAAUUGACAAUUUAAUUCGAUAUCCAAGCACAACUUUGUGUAUUCAAUAAUGAAGUCACACUUUAUGCAUAUAUGUGUGAAGAAUAAUAGUUUGACUAUUACCAAUACUAUAGCUGAUCAAAUUAAACUAUAUAGAACAGAGUUGUUGUUUGAAUCUAUAAAUAUUUGGUUUAAAAGAAUCCAACGAUAUAAUCACUAACUCACUGAAUUCAGUCAAUUGUUUUAUACCUACGACCAGUAGUAGUAGUAGUAGUAGUAGUAAUAAUAGUACAGUAGUAAACUAGAAAUCAGCUUUCAUAAACACAGGUUCUGUUGAAGAAGCCUAACAAUCGGUCUCUUAUUAACGAAUGAACAACUAAUAAUCUUAAUUUUGUCCAUAUCUAAUCAUGUUAAUUUCUUUUGCCGUCAUGUUAUUUCAUAAAAAUUAUUCUUCUGACUAAUCAUUUCGUCAAUCAUUCGAUCUUGCAAACUCUUACUCCUCAAUCAUAUUGUAUCAUGGUAUAUUACCAAAUUGGUCAGCGUUGUCUAUAGUAAUCAAGCAAUCUCAAAACUUUUUAUUAAAAAUAAUCCUGUUGGCAAGACUGUAGUUUGUAGACGAACAAAUCACAUAUAAGUUAACAGGUUUCGGAUUUUAUUUAUUUUAUUUGAGCACAUAGAUAUUUGUGCAAGGGGGCACCAGAUAUAUAUGCGCUACACAAAUCUCAUUUGAUCUGUGUGAGGGCUAUGAUAUUGCCCAGGUGCCCAAAUCAAAACAGGUGGUGUUCUUAGGGGGCCACACCCGGAGCCUUUGACCUAAAGGUCUGAUCCACAAGGCAGUGGAGUAACGUUAGGAGAUAGUCACAGGGUAGCCGGUGACCAAUAAUUGGUUCAUACGCCAUUUGUUCCUUCAGGAUAGUGGAGCCAGCCCAUGUGCACCAUUGGUUUGGAAUCAGGGUUUUUCAACUCACCUAGGUGGACUCUCCAUGUCCACCAACCCAGUUAAAGCACCGGACAUUCGCUUUUCGUCUUCUCAAUUUCGUAAACAACGCCCCUAGUGCGAGAAGUCAGUUAGUAGGACUUCCUUGGCAGAAGCUAUAUACGCGUGACAAUUUGAAAGCAUCUGGAGAGAGAGAGAGAGAGACAGAGAACGGACUCUCCCUACUCUCGACCGUACUAGGACAUUUGGGGGCACGAAAUCCACUCAUCCAUUUAGCUACAUAAAGUUUUGGAAUUAUAGCUGAUGUUAGCUAGUGAUGAAAAGCCAAAAUCUGAUUUCUAACCUUAACCAUCAACUGUAAAUCAUAAUUCGAACUCUUCACACAGGUCCAUAUCUCUCAUUUGGUCCUGAUUAUUGAGUGGACAUUCCUAAAGUCACUUUAGCGUCGCUCAAACGUCCUCCAUAAAUUAUAGUCUCACCAUGAAUCUUAGCUACUAGGAGAUAUUUAUCGAUUAUUAUUACAUAUAUUCCUAUUAGAUAACUAUUAAAUAACUAUAUUCAUAUUCCUUUUAUUAGAAGUUUCCAUUUGACUUAUUGACUACUACCAUUCGACUUACUAUUCUCGAGUUUUUCACAAAUUACUAAUUACAGUCUUUCACAAUCACAGUCACUUUUUCAUUUGAUCUUGUAGUGAUUGUUACUUUCUAUUUUAUGCAAAUAAUGUGGUCUGUUUUGUUUGUAUAUAAUGAACUGAAAUAUAUCUGAAAUAAAUGAUUUGUGCAGUGGAAUCUGAUAUUGGUAUUCGUUCUGGUCUGAACCAGUUGGGUUAGGCAUGAAUCUACUAUCUUGGAAAACCAAUAAGAACUCAGAGUUUACUCGAGAUUGCUCGUACUGGUUAGACAUAGGGCCAAAGUCGUAUAAGUCGGUUGGUUGUGAUUGGUGAUUUAGUUACUUGAUAAUUAACAGGGCAAAACUCAUAACAAUUACUUAUUCCACAAGAAAGAAUAAAUGAAUAAAUAACAAACAACAACACAAACCUGUAAAUAUACACCGGGAUCCACAAGUGCUAGAUGUAAACAACGUUGAAAUGGUGGAUUUAAUCGAUGAAGAAUUAUACAAACUAUGUUUUACUCUGAAAUUCUAUGAUUCAUAUAAUGAAAGCUGAUAUUAUUAGUAUUCUGAACUGAAUUGAUUAAUUGAUAACCCUAAUAUACAUUGAAAUUGUUAAUUAUAAUCAACUACACAAAUCUAGAUCAUCUCUGAUUAACGUGAUUGAUAACUAAUUUGAAGUCAAACUAUACUAUUAGUCCUCCAUUUUUCAACUUAUUCAACAUCAUAUUUCUAGAACAUUUUGGUUUUUAUUAAUCAUAUAACUUUGUUAAUAAUAUUCACUUCAUAUCUCUUUCUUACUUGCUCUUUCACUAUUUUGCUUCAUCAACCAGAAAUCUAAAUGAGUGAAUGAAUGAAUAAGGAGAGAAAGAGAGAAAGAAAUCGAUGCUCAUUGAACAAUGAACAGACUCAUAACAAUCGUAUGCCCAUUAUAUAUUCACUUAGUUUCUCCCGUUUUUUCUUUUGUCUAUACGUGUGGGAUUUCGUUUUCUUGCUUC